AUGAAAUUGGGAUAUUUUGAAAAUUUCUAUUGUCACUCUGGUAUUGGAUAUCAUCGUUUAGGGAGGCCAUUAACUUCAGGAAAAAGAACAUGUUUCUUGAUGGCGCAUUCAAUGAGUGAUCUUAUUUUGAAAAAUCUGUCAUUCGCUACACAACAAAUCAAAGAGCGGCUAGGAAUCUAUAAAUCUCGACGGGUAUUUUUCGUGUUUAUCCUUGUGGCUACAAUCAUACUCUAUUUUCUAUCGAAGUGGACACCACGUCGGUCAAACUAUAAGACUGUUUUAUAUGAUGCUUGCAUUCAAGAGAGAUUAGAUGCAUUCGCUGGUGAUGCAGCAGAUAAGGAUGCUAUUUUCAAUCAUGAGCCCAUUCACUACGAAGAACAUGCUAGUUUACCAUUUACAGGUAAUGGAUAUAUUGGCAUAUCCCACUCAGGCCAGUCUCAUCUUCAACUGAUAUCUGAUACAAAUGCUCCAUUUAUUUCCACUGGUUACUCUCCUAUCAUCCAAAUCUAUUCAGCGACUUGGGAAGUAUCAAGCGCAACUGUGCUUCACAUGAAUCAUGGUCUUGUGAGGCGACUACAAUGUUUUAAAACUAGUACAACACGUUCCGCCUAUGUUACACAUUUGCUGUAUGCACAUCGUCGUCGUCCUUCAUUGAUUGUACAAGAAAUCGACAUCGUCAAUCCAAGUGAACAAACGUUAGAUUUAAGCUUUGCUUUGCCAAAAUCCGUUCUUAGUGGUGAUCUCAAACAACUUGAACAAAGCGAGUCGUCCGACGGCAAAGCCUUUAUCACCACUUAUAAAAUAUCCCUUCGAGAUCGUAGUUCCAUUCUCUUUGUUUCUAUAACAAGUAAAACUCCUUCUGAAAGUCAUGUUAAACCCAAUAGUCAAGAUAAACAUGUGAUUUUAACCGUGACCAGAUUUUCUCCCAUUCUUCACAAUGAUAAACUACGCAACACAACAUUUCUCAGUCGAUGGAAAACUACUUUGCAAAAACAAGCCGCAGACGAAUUAAGCGAAGUUUUGGAAAUCAAUCCAAAAUCUCUAUUAAAAGACCACAUACAAACAUGGACAUCGGUAUGGCAAAGCGGAUUCUCUAUCAGUCAUUCAUUAGCACCAUCUGCUAUGAAUGGUGACGUGAUUAAUCGAACGAUAUAUUAUGUUUUGUGUUCGACGCCUUCCCCACUGUACGAUUCGAAGUUAGAUGACACAACACGAAUCGAAUACAAUCAGAGUUUAUUUCAAAUCGAUCGGUGCUAUGAAGGUCAUUCAACAUUAGUCGGUGAUAAGCUAUGGCGUGCACCAGGUGAUGAUCUAGCUGUUUCACAGUUAUCUCUUCUUUGGCGUUCCACUCUAUCGAAGAAAGGCUGUUCUACUCUAAUGAAAAGCGGUGUCAAUGGUAUGCUCCAAUCGAUGCUAAUUUCGAUUGGUGGUAUUCGUUUUCGCAAUCAUCAUUUGGAAUUGAAUCUUGACCCUAAAGAACUUCAUCGUGAUAUGUUCUUCCGUGCAAUUCAUUUCGGUAAACAAUAUUGUAUCAAUAUAACUAUUACCGUUGGGCAAGAUAAUCGUGCUGUGAUUGAUGUUUCGAUUGAUAAUGAUAAUACUCAAACAUAUGCAUGUGAUGCUGGCUGUUUAGAUUCGUAUACGAAACUAAGUACGACACCUGUUCGAUUUCCUGUGAAAAUGACGAACCCUGCAACUGCUAUUCUCUAUAUAACCGAAGAUUUAGAAUAUAUGACCCAAUUGAAAGAUACGCUUCAUGUCAAAGAAGUUGAAAUAGCUCCGCCUCAUGCUCACGAUAUUCUUGCUCUUCAUCGUCAUGGGCACAAACUUGGUGGCUUACCCGUCAUUUUCUGGAUAGCAUUAGCAUUCUUAAUCGUCAUCUUUCAUUUGUUUUUAUUGAAAAUUGUUCUCAACGAAAUGGGAUUUUUUAAACAUACAUCAAUCACACAUCCGAGACCGAGGACUCUAUAG